AGAUACUGGCUGCACCUGUUCACGGUCUCACUCUCUUUUCACGCUACCAGCAGCUACUAGAACAACUACACCAUGGAGAUUAAUUGUACAGAAAUAGAUCAUGUGCUGGAGAAGUACUAUCUCUCACCAUCUUAUGCCAUUGAAUUCUGCAUUGGUUUCCCUGGCAACCUUUUGGUUGUGCUUGGUUACAUAUUUUGUUUGCCAAACUGGCAGAGCUGCAAUAUUUACCUCUUCAACCUGGCAGUCUCUGACCUUGUUUUCCUUUGUACACUGCCACGCCUCUCCUAUCUCUAUGCAAAUGACCAAUCAGAAACCAGUCCCUUUGUUAGCAUUAUCAACCGCUAUGUCCUGCAUGUCAAUCUUUACUCUUCCAUCCUUUUUAUGGUCUGGCUUUGCAUGGACCGCUUCCUGCUCAUAAAACAUCCAACACGGAACCACCGCCUGCUGAAGCCACGAACAGCCCUGAUUGUGACAGGGCUGAGCUGGCUAGUUGUCAACAUGGAAGUUGCUCCAAUGAUUAUUCUCAUGGUUCAGGACCUACAGAGAGAAAACUGGAGUCACAGCAACGAUUUUGCCAACCUAAGGGGAGAUGUUAAUACAUUAGGCUACAGCCUAGGGCUAACCUUCACUGGUUACAUUCUUCCUCUGCUUGCACUUUGCACUUUCUCCUACCAAAUUGCACAUCUGCUCCAUGUCCAAGAAAGGGCUCUACAGCGCAGGACAACAUCAUACAAACGGCCUCUCAGGGUGGUUGUGUCAGCUGCAGCCAUGUUUCUUAUUCUCUAUACUCCCUACCAUGUGCUGAGAAAUAUCACAAUAGCAUUUCAGGAGCCCUGGGCAGGACCGGAGACCUGUACAACGAUGUACAUACGGGGCGUGUACAUCUUGACUCGACCCUUGGCUUUCUUGCACAGUGUCAUCAACCCUGUCUUCUACUUCCUCAUGGGUGACAAGUUCAGAGAGCUCUUGCUCACUAAGCUCAGAAAUCUCGCCAGAAAGACAGAUCAGCGAAGUAAACCAGCCUAACAACAUUCAACACCAGAUCACUGCACAUAAACAUGGUCAGUUCUGUCUUUACAUAUUGUAUUGUAUUUUUUUUUUUUUUUUGUUGAGAUGCUUUUCUCUAUUCUUUUGUGUUUGUUUAAUAUAUUCAUUGAUAUGAUUGUCAUCCAUUAAAAUAGUGUCAAAAUGUCUGAUGUAAUGGAAUAUAUUUGCCAAGCCAAUUAAUGAUGUAAAUAUUUUUGUUGUAGUGACCACAUUUUAUUUAUUGAAAGUAAAAAUAUUAUCUGCAACUGAGGCAAAGAUGUAAAGGAACUACUAAAAUAACUUAAUACAUUUAAAAGCCACAGCCUGUAGCUUAUUUUAUAUUAGUGCUCUAAGUAUAUUUAUUUAUUUGUGCAUAGGUUGCUUCUAUAUGUAU